AUGGCUUCAGACAAACAAGCUCCUGCUGGAGCAACAGCAACAAACCAGCCUCAAGGAUCCGCAUUCUCCCUCCCGCUCCUCUACCGCCUCUUCUUCCUCCUCAUCGAACCUCUAUCCGCCUUGCUCGGCGCAUAUUACGCCUACUUCGACAAAAAGGCCUACCUCGAGCUCACGCAUGCUGCCUCGGCUCCUGAGACGAUUCCACUGGGGACGUCCAUCGUGCUCUCCCAACUCGCCAACCUGUAUCUCUUCUUCGCCAUAAACGAAGCCCUCGUGCUGCGGUCAACCUCGGACAUCCACGUCUGGAAGACCGUGCUCUUCUGUCUGUUGGUUGGCGACAUCGGACAUCUCUACACGGUUCGCGAGUUGGGAAUGAACAUCUACUGGAGUCCGUCAACGUGGAAUGCCAUCGACUGGGGCAACAUCCCAUUUGUCUACCUUGGCGCAUCGAUGAGGAUUGCCUUCUUGGCUGAUGUGGGCUUGUGCACCUCUGCAACUUCAAUGGUCAUCGAGGUCACCAAAGCCAUCGAUCAGCAAGCAAAAUGCGACGAGUUGAUUCGUGGAUAA